GCAGAAUCAUCCGGGGCGCAGCCAUCUUCGAUUAACCGGUGUAAGAGUAAUUUUCAUCAUUGACACACAAGUUACACUACAGGCUGUUAAAAUGCUUGAUGACGGAGAUGAUGACACUCCGCACCUUUCUGCAGAUACGCUUGCUGCAUUACAAGCAUUCUAUGAGGAGCAAGCUGAAAGGCAACAACAGGAGGCUGCAAUUCAAGAAGGAAAGAUCUCCAAGGGAAGUCUGCAAGAAGACUGGCAAUUGAGCCAGUUUUGGUACACUGAUGAAACAGCCACUCGACUCGCUGAGGAAGCCCUAAGUGUGAUGGGCGAUAAUGGAAAGAUUGCCUGUAUCAGUUCACCAACAGCCUAUAAGAAGAUCAAGGAGUUGUGUCCCCCUAACUGUGAGGUCAGAUGCCUCGAGUAUGACACCAGGUUCUCAAUGUUCAGAGAGGACUUCCUGUUUUAUGACUACAAAGAGCCCCUUAGACUGCCUGCUGAAUGGAGGAAUAGGUUUGACAUCGUGAUAGCAGACCCACCGUUCUUGUCGGAGGAGUGUCUGUGCAAAGUGGCUCAGACCGUGAGGUUUCUGACCAUCGGGAAAGUUAUACUAAAUACAGGUGCAAUUCUGCAAGAAACGGCCUUGAAGUUGCUGGGAGUUCGACCAUGUGGGUUUCUACCACAGCAUGUAGGGCUCCAGAAUGAAUUCCUGUGUUACACAAACUAUGACAGCAAACUGUUGUCAUCAACUUAACAGGAUAUGGUGGAUAGAGUGCGGAUUGUUUGCAUUUAAGAGUGACUUGAAGUGUUGGCUUUAUCAGUGUAGGUUCUCCGACAAACUUAUUAACUGAACUGACUGAGGUUUAAAAGUAUUUUUUUAAGCGAAUAAGCGAUACCAAUUGUAUCUGAUGUUGAUUUGUUACUAUUUGUAUGAUGAAAAAUGUGUCUUCUUUCUGUGUAGACUCAGUUUACAUACUGCUGCUGAUGAAGUCAAGAGUUUCAAAUGUAGUUUUUUCUCAGUUAUUUAGUUUAAUUUCAAAAAUGUCAUUUUUUAACACUUGUUGUUUAUAUUAGCAUAUUUGUUUUGCUCUUAAAGGCCAAAUGUGCUUAGUAUGGUCACAUGUCUUAUGAAGUAAGUGACUGAAGACUAUAAUAGCAUCUAAAAGAAAAACUGAAAUAAUGGUUUUUACUUUUAUUUUCUGAGAAGUCCUUUAUAAUUUUUAACAGUAAUGCCAUCUUGAUAUAAAUGCCAGUCAAUUAUUAUAUAUUUUUAAAGAUUACACGCCACUAUAAACCGUCAAAAUUUAUAAGGUCUGUCAUUGUAAACAACAGGAGUAGUUUACAAUUGCCAAUCACACAGUUCUUGAACACAAAUAAUGGGGUAAAGCUCUACUGUGGUGAAAUUUACCCACAUCAGUUAUUCUGAUCAGAGAAUACAGGAAUGAGGGAAUUACAAUUACCAUUUUAAGAAAUGUACUUCAAUUUUGUUAUGUGUUAGCAUUAAAUAAAAAGCACAACAGACUUAAACUUUCCCAAAACACCAUCAAGGAUUUUGAGUUUCAAACAAGAGCUGUCUCCAUCAGAAGACAGCCCCUGAAAAAUGGUUUUUCGAAACUUAAACGCAGAUUUCGAAACCUAAAUGCGGACCAUUAUUUCAAGGUCAAGGUCAAAAUCUGUGUGCGUAUGGAAAGGCCUUGUCCAUAUACACAUGCAUACCAAAUAUGAAGGUUACAUCUGAAGGGACAUAGAAGUUUUGAGCUUUUUUCAACCUAAAC